UUCAUAUGGUACUGAUUUUCUGUAUUCCUCUUUACAUAGAUACUAAACAAGCACACCGAUUAAAUUUUGGGUUAACUGUAGACAUACGUCUCGAUAUUUACAAAAAUCAAGGUCAACUUGAUCACUUUUUCAACACGCUUGUGAAACAUUGCUUGGUCUAUACUUUCUGCCUUCUGCUAUUUUGCAACUUAAAAUUCUAAAAAAAAUGCUUAUCGGUCUUAUCUAAUAGAGCGCGCAAAUAAACAUCUAUAGACCACAGUAGGCAAACAAACUCCGUAAUGGAUCACCCGGACAAAGAAGCACAAAAUAAUUUCUACGCCUCCUUCGGCAAAACUGAAGAAACGGUAGCCGAAGACGUCAAAACCAUCAAAACAUGGCUGCAGACGCAAACCCACCACCCAGAAACCAUGGAUGAUGCCAAAAUCCGAAACAUGUUGCACUUGUGUAAGUUUGACGUAGACAAAGCGAAGGAAAGAAUCGACAAUUACUACACCUUCAGGACCAAAUAUUCGGGUUUUUUUAGCGACAGUAACCCGAAGCUGCCCGUUUUAAAAACAGAAAUGGACAUAGUUUACUUUUGUUUUCACCCCAAACUCGUGGGUGGUAUUCACCGCGCCUUCUUCGUAAAACCCAAAGAGAAAAACACGUACACGCCAAUCAACGUCACGAAACUAUGUUUUAGUGUGCUCGAGAUAAGGUUACAAGAGGAUUUCAUGGUCGACGAAGUGCUUAUCAUUGACAUGAGCACCUUUAGCUUCCUGGAUUUGUGUAAACUAUCACCGAGAUUAUUAAUCACAACGUUGAAAAUAUACAGGAAUAUUUUUUCGAUGAGAUUAAACCGGCUGUAUUUGAUUAACAGUCCCUCGUAUAUCACGAUCUGGAUGUCUUUGUUCAAGCUAGUUUUCCCGGCGAAAAUUUUCAACAGGUUUCAAGCUCACAAGGACAGCGAGGUUUUGAAAGAGGUGUUCCCGCUGGAGGACCUCCCGCAGGAUUAUGGUGGAAAUGGCCCGUCGUUGAGUGACCUCACCGAUAUCACGAAAAAUAAGCUGGCGGAGUACCAAGAGAGGUUCGAUCUGUUGGAUACCUUCACGACCGAGAAAGCUUAAAAAAAUAAAUAGUUUUUGAAUUAAA